AGAUGGCUGCGCCCAUUAGCGAAUUUUUCAAUGUUAUCAUUACUUAAAUCCAGAUAUUUUAGCAGUCUAAUAAUUAUAUAGAAUAUAUGAUUGUGUUUCAUUUAUACGAUAGACUCUAAUUCAUCACUAAUGAAUGGCUUUUGUUUGGAUUAUUUAUAGUGAUUAACAAAACAAGAUGGGAAUAACAGCCUUAAUAGACUAUCUUAAAGACAAUCCCUACUUUGGUGCAGGGGCAGGGUUGUUUGGAGUAGGCAUGGCUGCUGCAGUUGGUAGAAAGUCUGCACAGAUGGGUAUGAUCGUAUUUAGACGUCACUGUAUGAUAACAUUAGAGGUACCAAGUAAAGACAAAAGUUACUACUGGUUGUUACAGUGGAUUUCAGUUCGUGGAACUAAGACACAGCAUCUCAGUGUAGAAACAUCAUUUCAUCAAUCAGAUUCAGGUAGAAUAACAACAAAGUAUGACUUUAUACCGAGUCCUGGAAGUCACUUUUUCCGAUAUAAAAAUUAUUGGAUAAGGGUUGAUAGAAAUCGUGAAAAACAAAUGGUUGACAUUAACAGAGGGGUUCCAUUUGAGACAGUGACUUUAACUUCAAUUGGCCGUAAAAGAGAUGUAUAUUUUGAAAUUUUAGAAGAGGCACGGAGUCUUGCUUUACAAACACAGGAGGGAAGAACAGUUAUGUAUACUGCUGUUGGUCCAGAAUGGAGACCAUUCGGUUAUCCAAGACGAAAGCGUCCUAUAGAUUCAGUCGUGCUUGAUAAAGCUGUGUCCAAUAAAAUAUUGACAGAUAUUAAGGAAUUUAUAGGUAAUCCCAGAUGGUAUAUGGAUAGAGGUAUUCCAUACAGAAGAGGAUAUUUGUUGUAUGGACCACCUGGAUGUGGGAAAAGCAGUUACAUAAAUGCAUUAGCAGGGGAACUUGACUACUGUAUUUGUGUGUUGAACCUGUCUGAGCGUGGCCUAUCUGAUGAUAGAUUGAAUCAUCUACUCACCAUGGCACCAGAACAAAGUAUUAUACUCUUAGAGGAUAUUGAUGCUGCCUUUGUCAGCAGAGAUAUAUCAGCAGAAAGUAAUGUGGCUUAUCAGGGUUUGAGCCGACUCACAUUAUCCGGUCUCCUUAAUGCACUAGAUGGUGUUGCAUCUGCUGAAGCUAGAAUUAUCUUCAUGACCACAAACUAUGUUGAAAGACUGGAUCCAGCAUUGAUAAGGCCAGGAAGAGUUGAUGUAAAAGAGAAGAUUGAUUACGCAACAGAUUACCAGCUACAGCAAAUGUACCUCCGGUUUUAUCCUGAAGAGUCGCAGGCCAUGGCUGAAAAAUUCUCUAAAUCUGCACAGGAUGAAAAUGCCAAAAUUAGCUUAGCUCAAGUUCAAGGACUUUUCUUGCAAUAUAAAUCUGAGCCUCAGGCUGUCAUAGAUAACGUUGAGCAGCUCAAGUCAUUGUGAUAGUAAAUAAAUGUAGAGUAAACAAAUUAAAAUCAUGUUGGUAAUUUAUUGACUUCUGUUACAAUGUAGUUGAGUAAUAGGCUGUAUUAAAUCUAUUAUGGCACUGCUGAAAAUAUAUUUAAAAGAUUGACAA